CUUAGCAGAAACACCUUUUUGAGUUAUGAGUGUCCGUCCCUCUGCAUGUCUCCUUGAAGUUCAGUAGGGAUGCUAGUCUGUGUUUUGACAUCAUCAUGGUGUUUUGAGUACUGUACUGUAUGUUCCAUCAUGGAUGUGUGUUGUGUAAUUCUGUUUUUUUCCUUAAUGUUGAUGAAGAGCUCCUUCUUGUGGUUGGAGCCAGCUCCCUACUUUCCUGAACCCCAAGGGCUCGAUUCAAUCCAUUGCGCUGAAGAUCCGCACCACAGCAUGAUUGAAAUUUAAAGGCAAUGUUCCUGUGUUCACGGAGACUCUGCAUUCACGGUAAACACUGCAUAUGUCAGCUCAAACGGAAAUGGCCUUUUUAAAAUGGCCUUUUUAAAGGCUCAAUGCAGACAGAAAAAGUACAUAAACACAAAAAGCUUAUUUCUCUCAAAUGUUUGGCACAACAUGUUUACGGGGCUCCCGAGUGGUGCAGCAGUCUAAGGCACUGCAUCUCAGUGCUAGAGGCGACACUACAGACCCUGGUUCGAUAGUUGUAGUUGGUGAACCAGGCAAGGCAGUCAUUAGAAAAACCGAGGCUAGAGUUGAAAGCCUUGGCCAGGUCGAUGAAGACGGCUGCACAGUAUUGUCUUUUAUCGAUGGCGGUUAUGAUAUUGUUUAGUACCUUGAGUGUGGCUGAGGUGCACCCGUGACCGGCUCGGAAACCAGAUUGCACAGCGGAGAAGGUACGGUGGGAUUCGAGAUGGUCAGUGACCUGUUUGUUGACUUUGCUUUCGAAGACCUUAGAUAGGCAGGGCAGGAUGGAUAUAGGUCUUUAACAGUUGUAACAUUGCCAGCGAUGUCUUCAGGGAGCGUGCAAUUGGAAUGCUGACUGCAGGAAUGUCCACCAUGAAUCCCGGGUUUAAACACUUCUGGGCAGGCGGUGUGUAUGGUGUUGUGUGGGAGAGUGGUUUGCUGAUGUCAGUGUUGUGAACAGAGUGAUCCAUGGUGGCGGUGGGGUUAUGGUAUGGGCAGGCAUAAGCUACGGACAAUGAACACAAUUCCAUUUUAUCGAUUGCAAUUUGAAUGCACAGAGAUACCGUGACGAGAUCCUGAGGCCCUAUUGUCGUGCCAUUCAUCCCCCGCUGUCACAUCAUGUUUCAGCAUUAUAAUACACGGCCUCAUGUCACAAGGAUCUGUACUCAAUUCCCGGAAGCUGAAAAUGUCCCAGUUCUUCGAUGACCUACAUACUCACCAGACAUGUCACCCAUUGAGCAAGUUUGGGAUGCUCUGGAUCGACGUGUACGACAGCGUGUUCCAGUUCCCGCCAAUAUCCAGCAACUUCCCCCAGCCAUUGAAGAGGAGUGGGACAACAUUCCACAGGUCACAAUCAACAGCCUGAUCAACUCUAUUUGAAGGAAAUGUGUCGCAUUGCAUGAGGCUAAUGGUGGUCACACCAGUUACUGACUGGUUUACUGAUCCUCGCCCCAGUCAUGUGAAAGCCAUAGAUUAGAAUUUAUUUAAAUUGACUGAUUUCUUUAUAUGAACUGUAACUAUGUAAAAUCUUUGAAAAAUGUUGCAUGUUGCGGUUACAUGUUUUUUUCCCAGUGUAUUUUCAACCAGACUGACUAUAAGGAAAUAACACAGGUCAACUUUUUCAGGCUUUUAAAGCUGUUGUACAAUAUGAUAUAAGACACAGGCAAAACAGAAUUUUGACUACGCUGGGCCUUUACAUUUCAAUUGCGCUACAGCGCAGAUCUUCAGCGCUACGGAUUGAAUCAAGACCUUACAAGAAAUAAAAUAGUUAAAUGAUGCUAUUUAUUCAGGAUGUUCUGAGGAAAAAGAGAUGGGAGAUUUACCAUUCUGGUAAAGUUCUAUGGAAAGUCUCUGAGACUAACUACCAGGAGCAUGUCUGUGUGGGAAUAGAAUUUGUCCAGGAGUUUCUUAUUUGUGAGAUGAAAUACAUCAUGGUCCUUCUGUAGCUCAGUUGGUAGAGCAUGGCGCUUGUAACGCCAGGGUAGUGGGUUCGAUUCCCGGGACCACCCAUACGAAGAAUGUAUGCACACAUGACUGACUGUAAGUCGCUUUGGAUAAAAGCGUCUGCUAAAUGGCAUAUAUUAUCAUACGGUGUAAUUAAUAUUGAAGUGAUGUGAAGUCAUACAUUUUACUUUGAAAGUUGCUGUGGUUCUAGUACACUAUAUCUGGUACACUAUAUUCAAACUGGUGGUAUUAGGAGAGUGUGGCCAGUUCGAGAGAAAGCAGGAAGACAGGAGGGGUAAAAGAGUGGAUGAAAUGGAGGAAAAUGAGAACAGAUUGAAUGGUGUUGUCCACUGUGGAUUUAGAGUUGUAUCAAUAGAUUAAAGAAGAGGGGAGCUUAAGGCUUGGUUGAGCACCCUGACUUACUGACCAAGCGGUAUCAUGAAGAGUGACAGCCACACACUCCACAUAGGUUAGUGUGAGGGUCAACACCCUGAAUCACUGACAUGCUAUCUGAUGGAGAGGAAGAGAAGAGAGAGAGGAGACGGGUAAAGGAAUAGGAGUCCAUUAAAUACUACCACAAUCUACACUCACUACAUGAAGAACUGGAGAUAAAGAGGAAAUAAGACAGGUUGAAGAAGGUGGGUCCUUUCUCUUUCAAAUGAUCCUUACUGUCUGACGUCAAUGCUUCUGAACAUUUGAGCCAUUAUUUGUUCUAUAGGAUUAAUAGAAAAGCUAUUUUCUCCUGUAAUUGCUGACAUUUUCUAGUCCUGCUGGUCUUCCUACCGUUUCGAUUUGUAUUCUCCCAUUCUUUGUCAUUCAGUUAUAUAAUUAGGGAUGUAAUCCGUCUCAAACUACACCUGCCCUCUUGCACAGGGGUAAAACCCCAAAUAUACAUUUUCGUAAGUAUUCAGACCCUUUAGUCAGUACUUUGUUGAAGCACCUUUGGCAGCGAUUACAGCCUCGAAUCUUCUUGGGUCUGACGCUACAAGCUUGGCACAACUGUAUUUGGGGAGUUUCUCCCAUUCUUCUAUGCAGAUCCUCUCAAGCUGUCAGGUUGGAUGGGGUGCGUCUCUGCACAGCUAUAUUCGAGUCUCUCCAGAGAUAUUCUAUCGGGUUCAAGUCCGGGCUCUGGUUGGGCCACUCAAGGACAUGCCACCACCAUACUUUACCGAAGGGAUGGUGCCAGGUUUCCUCCAGACGUGACUCUUGGCAUUCAGGACAAAGAGUUCAAUCUUGGUUUCAUCAGACCAGAGAAUGUUGCUUCUCAGGGUCUGAGAGUCCUUUAGGUGCCUUUUGGCAAACUCCAGGGACGCUGUCAUGUGCCUUUUACUGAGGAGUGGCCUCCGUCUGGCCACUACCAUAAAGGCCUGAUUGGUGGAGGGCUGCAGAGAUGGUUGUCCUUCUGGAAGGUUCUCCCAUCUCCACAGAGGAACUCUCACCUCCCUGACCAAGGCCCUUCUCCCCCGAUUGCUCAGUUUGGCCGGGCGGCUAGCUCUAGUAAGAGUCUUGGUGGUUCAAAUACUUUCUUCCAUUUAAGAAUGUUGGAGGCCACUUUGUUCUUGGGGACCUUCAAUGCUGCAGACAUGUUUUGGUACCCUUCCCCAGAUCUGUGCCUCAACACAAUCCUGUCAUGGAUUUACGAACAAUUCCUUCAACCUCAUGGCUUGGUUUUUUCUCUACUUGCACUGUCAACUAUGGGACCUUAUAUACUGUAGACAGGUGUGUGCCUUUCCAAAUCAUGUCCAAUCAAUUGAAUUUACCACAGGUGGACUCCAAUCAAGUUGAAGAAACAUCUCAAGGAGCUCACCUGAGCUCAAUUUCGAGUCUCAUAGCAAAGGGGCUGAAUACUUAUGUAAAAUAAGGUAUUUCUGUUUUUUAUGUUUUAUACAUUUGCGAACCUGUUUUCGCUUUGUCAUUUUGGGGUAUUGAAUUAUUAUUUUUUUGCCUUUAUUUAACUAGGAAAGUCAGUUGAAAACAAAUUCUUAUUUACAAUAAUGGCCUACCGGAGAACAGUGGGUGAACUGCCUUGUUCAGGGGCAGAACGACAGAUUUUUACUUUGUCAGCUUGAGGAUUCAUCUACCUCAUCCCCAUAUUGUUAUUUAUUUUAUUACAUGUUUUGCUCCUUUGCACCCCAGUAUCUCUACUUGCACAUUCAUCUUCUGCACAUCUAUCACUCCAGUGUUUAAUUGCUAAAUUGUCAUUAUUUUGCCACUACGGCCUAUUUAUUUCCUAAUCUUACCUCAUUGGCACACACUAUACAUAGAUUUUUUCUAAUGUGUAACUGACUGUACUUUUGUUUAUUCCAUGUGUAACUCUGUGUUGUUUGUGUCGCACUGUUUUUUUCUUUAUCUUGGCCAGGUCGCAGUUGUAAAUGAGAACUUGUUCUCAACUGGCCAACCUGCUUAAAUAAAGGUUCCCUCUCUCUCCCUUCAUCAUGUCAUUUCUGUCCUGGGUGCGGACCCCCAAGCUCACCUUCUUCCAGACGCUAGUGUCUCUGGUCCUAGGGGCCAUGGCCCUCUUGUCGUCCUACUGGUGUGAGGGCAGUCAGAAGGUCCCCAAGCCCCUCUGCUCGGCCAACAAACUGACCAAAUGCAUACCUGUGCCUGGGGUCUCGCAUAACUCCACCUCCAUCCAGUUCUCCUGGGAGACGGGGGACGACCGCUUCGUCUUCCCUGCCUUCCAUGCAGGCAUGUGGAUGAGCUGUGAGGAGAACAUCUACACUGACGCCUGGGAGGAAAAGUGUCGCAGUUUUCUUUCUUUAACUCCAGGGGGUGAAAAAGGAAUGUUGUGGUUGUCGGUGUCAAUGGAGCUCAUGUAUGUUGGGCUGCUGUGUAUCAGCUGUGUGCUGCUGUCUCUUCAGUUGUGUCUGGAUGCCUUUUGGCCCUCACAGAUCUGGGGACAGCUCCUCAAUGCCUACUCUGCAGUCUUCACUAUAUUAGGAGGGUUACUGGGAAUGGUGGCUCACAUGAUGUUCAUGCAGGUGUUUCAGACUACUGCCUCUAUGGGUCCAGAGGACUUCAAACCACACAGCUAUGGCUACUCCUGGGGCUUUUAUGUGGCAUGGCUGGCCUUUACCUGCUGCAUGUUGUCAGGAGUCUCCACCCUCAACAACUACACCAAGAAGACUGUAAUGGAGCGUAGGCGCAAAGCCCGCCUGUACCCCCUCGAUUCCCUGACAUAGAGCCCCUGCUAGCCCCGGCCCCCUACUACUGCCCUCCGCCCCCUCACCCCUGUAUGUCCUCACCAUCCCCAGAACUCUCACCCCUGUCACCCUACUAUGACUCCCCUUCGCCACCCCCAACCUCAUCACCCCGUCCACUCACCCACUCCCUCCCCCACUGCUACACACUCCCCCACCCUGAAUACUUCCCACCUCCCCCGUCCCACCCUGCUCCCCUGUCCCCCUAUCACCGCCACUCCCUCCCCUCCAUCACUCUACCCCUGUCCGUCCACAGUUACACACCCCAGUACUACUCAGAGGACAGGGGCAGAGAGAUGGAGGAAGAGGGGAGGGAGUACUCAGAUGAGGAGUACAGCCCACUUUGACUGUAUGUGUGUGAUACUUACCUAUGAGCCAACAUGCAUUUGGAUUUUGACAGAGCAAAUCAGUGUGAAGUAGUCUGAAGCUCUCUGUCCAAACUUGUAUACAUGCUGUAAAUAACACUUUGUGAAAAUGUGCAAAAUGAUUUCAUUCACAGACUAGUAUGCCUUCUGUCAGUUUCACUGUGGUGCCCCUCUACCAGUGACUAGGUAUCAUUCAUCUUCCUGCAAUCGGUCCUCCUUCACCAAUUAUGAUUAAUAUUGAAUUGUUUAGCAUUGACAGGAGAAAUUAGAUUUAAAUCAGGUUUUAAUACAAAUUAUUAUCAUACUGAUAAUAGUAACAAAAAUAAAAUUGCAUUAGACAUACAAAGCACAAUGUGUAACCAAACAUGUUCAUAUUUACACAUCUCAAUGUGCAGCGAGCAAAUAUGCUCUGUCAGAUUUCAAGGCACUCAAGAUCUAUCCGUCUGUCUGUCAGUCCAUGGGUGUGUCUGGGGUGGUUGAUUCAGACAAACGGAAGUUAACCUACACAAUAAGACUAAUGGUACAAAGCAUAAAAUAAUGACAUAACUAAAAAGGGGAGUGGUCCAUUUAGCAGUGAGGAUAGUACUAAUGUUCCAUUCAAUGUAUGGACAUUGGCAAAUACAUCAUAUUUUUGUCUUAUUCAGCACACUACAGUAGGGCUGUAAGUCAAACGGGGUAAUGAUCGUUGACAGUUUCUCAAAUUGGAUUCUGUUUGCGGCACUAGUCAAUUCAUUCUUCUGGUUUUGAGAGUUUUGGCCUUGUUUUAUUAUGAGCCUAAUUGAGAAAUAAAUCAAAUGUAAGCAAGAAUAGUUCAGGACUAUGAUUCUGAAAUAAUGAGAUACUGUCAGUCUAUACUCUCUGACUCCCCUAUACCUUCAACAAAUAUGAGGGCUGUAAAAGUUUCAUUCACUUUAAAAAUGUUGUCCCACUUUAUAUUGAAAACUAAACAUGGACUUGGUAAUAUGUGGGCAGGACAGGUAGGUUAUUACUAUGUGGGCAGGACAGGUAGGUUAUUACUAUGUGGGCAGGACAGGUAGGUUAUUACUAUGUGGGCAGGACAGGUAGGUUAUUACUAUGUGGGCAGGACAGGUAGGUUAUUACUAUGUGGGCAGGAUAGGUAGGUUAUUACUAUGUGGGCAGGACAGGUAGGUUAUUACUAUGUGGGCAGGACAGGUAGGUUAUUACUAUGUGGGCAGGACAGGUAGGUUAUUACUAUGUGGGCAGGACAGGUAGGUUAUUACUAUGUGGGCAGGACAGGUAGGUUAUUACUAUGUGGGCAGGACAGGUAGGUUAUUACUAUGUGGGCAGGACAGGUAGGUUAUUACUAUGUGGGCAGGACAGGUAGGUUAUUACUAUGUGGGCAGGACAGGUAGGUUAUUACUAUGUGGGCAGGACAGGUAGGUUAUAACUGUGGGCAGGACAGGUACGUUAUAACUGUGGGCAGAACAGGUACGUUAUAACUGUGGGCAGAACAGGUACGUUAUAACUGUGGGCAGAACAGGUACGUUAUAACUGUGGGCAGGACAGGUAAGUUAUAACUGUGGGCAGAACAGGUAAGUUAUAACUGUGGGCAGAACAGGUAAGUUAUAACUGUGGGCAGAACAGGUAAGUUAUAACUGUGGGCAGAACAGGUAAGUUAUUACAAUAUGUUUA